UUCAAGUAGAAGAGAGUGGUUUCCUUGAAAGACUAGCGCGCAAAAGCAACUCCCCGCUUGGCUUUUUGGCUACGAUGGUUGUUGCUUUGUGCCGAUUCGUCUUUUUAAAUUCUUCUUUCUAUCGACAUCCUCCCCCGGUUCUUCCAACGCCGGCUCUCUCUUUCCCAUAUUGCCCUCCAAAGUCGCAGAAAUUCACUACCCUGCCCCUACUCCUGAGUCGUAGGCGGUUGAAGAUCCUCUGCUGCACCUCCCCCUCUUCCUCACCGUCAUCGUCGUCGUCGUCCAUGGAAGCUCCUCCAGAAGGUUACAGAAGAAAUGUGGGAAUCUGCCUCAUCAAUUCUUCUAACAAGAUCUUCACCGCUGCAAGGCUUGAUAUUCCGGGUGCUUGGCAAAUGCCGCAGGGUGGUGUUGACGAGGGUGAAGAUCCAAGAAAUGCAGCCAUCAGAGAAUUGAGAGAAGAAACCGGAGUUACUUCUGCAGAAGUUGUCGCAGAGGUUCCUUAUUGGUUGACUUACGAUUUUCCACCUGAAGUUAGAGCAAAACUUAACCGUGAGUGGGGAUCCGACUGGAAAGGUCAAGCACAGAAGUGGUUUCUUCUUAGAUUCACUGGAAAAGAGGAAGAGAUAAAUCUUUUGGGUGAUGGAACUGAAAAGGCAGAGUUUGGAGAGUGGUCAUGGAUGACACCAGAACAAGUAAUCGAGCAUGCUGUGGAUUUCAAGAAGCCCGUUUACGAGGGAGUUUUGAAGGUGUUCAGUCCCCAUCUUCAGUAGGAUUCUGUUGGCCAAUUGCAGAUGACAUGUGGAUAAUUAGGAAUGUUACUUUUUUCACAAUUAGUACUUCAAAUCUGAGAAAGCUUUUAGAGUUUUCACCCUUGGAGAAGUCACUUUGAGGGUGAUUGCCCACUAAACAGAA